CAAAGGUGGUGGUGCGUGGGCAAUGCCAAAUCAAAACAAUCAGAGAUAUUUAUUCAUCAUUUUAUUUUUACCAGUGAACUAAUAGUGUUGCAUUCAGAUGGAUAACAAAAAGGCUGAAAGCAGUAAAGUUGUCUUACAUGGCACAGGAAAUACUGAUACCAGACAAGGCUCUGAUUCCCCUCCACCUCCCAUAAGAAAAGAACAGAUGAAUGGAAAGUUUCCAGAAGUAGUAACUGAAGUAUCUGUUAGGAUAAAGAUUAAAGAGACCAUACAGCGACUUAAAGAGAACAAUAAUAUUCAUUUAGCAGAGUAUUAUGAAGAUUUUAGAUACCUGUGGCAAAUGUCAAGGUAUGCGUCCAAUGAUUCAUUACGUAAAAUGGUCAUAGCCACCUACGUUAGUGAAGAUUUCUUCUCUGUGUUUAUGAAAUUGUGGAAAAUUCAGGAAAAAUUGGACACCUUUGAUGCCAAAUAUAUUAGUCUGUGGAAAAAUUUACGCAGUGCUGUAUCAGUUAUUUGGAAUUGCUGUGAUUCAUCAGCUAUACUUUGUCAGCAGAUAUCUGAAAGUCCGCUAUUAGCCAAGUUCGCUGCAUUGCUUGACAGUUUUUCAAAAUGUCCGGAUUUUAUUGAUAAUGAGAAAAAGUUGUAUUUUGUGAAAUCAUUAUUGGGCAUAUUGCAUAAUACAGUUAGUAAAUAUGAAGAUGCAAAGUUUUGUCUCAGAAAUCAUAAUGGAGUUCAGAUACUGCAGAAUUGUUUGAUUCUUGAUCAUCCGAUGUUGAAGGCAAAGUCUUUGAUAACUUUAUCUUACAUUGUGGAUGAGCAGGAAAAUGAAGUCAUCAAUGCGACGGCAGGUACUAUAUGUUUCAUUAUCAACGUGUUAAGAGACAGCUUGGCAUCUGCUACAAAUUUCUCAUCUAAAUUUGGAAUGGGAGCGGUGGAAGUGACUGAAGGCUUGAACAACAUUGCUUUUAAUGAUUCUAAUAAAGUUAAGAUUGUACAAGGUGGCGCCAUACCGUUAUUGGUUAAAAUGAUGAGUAACAAUAGGAACUGUCAGUAUUAUGCAGUCAUGUUGCUAUGGACUCUAGCAUUCAAUCAAGCUAAUCGUAAAGCAAUUAUUUGUGAACCAGGAUGUGAAGAAGGUUUGAAUAAUCUAGUUAAUUGUAAAGAUAAAACCUUGAGUCAUGCAGCUAGAGGUGCACUAUGGGAAAUAAAUAGUAAUGAAGAACAAAAUAUUUAUAAAGAAGUAGAAGCUGAUUGUCCACAUAUUAUGAUAAGUUAUCAAUGGGAUGUACAGCCUAUAAUGCUUAAAGUAAAAGAAAGAUUAAAGCAAUCCGGUUUUAAAGUAUGGAUGGACGUCGAACAUAUGAGUAAGUAAAGAACUAUGAUACCACAUCCAUUAGACUUUCCUUAGAUAUAUAUUAUUUUGUAUGGUAUAUAAUAUGGAAAGAUAACCACGUGUGCAUCGAUUGUCAGACUUUAAUUUUUGAUAUGACGUAAAAUUCCAAGAUGUCUGCGAUGAUGUCACGUUUGGUUCCUGGACCACAUCUUGUUUUAUUUCAAAUUUACUUAUAAAGUUAUGGUUAUUGGCCAGUGGAAGAACAUUCAAUCUUCUACUGAUGUUCAUUUGAUCUUUGAUUCAUGAUUUGUUGAUCAUGGGCAGAAAAUGUAGAAUGAUGUUGUGUAGGGUGCUGUAAAAUAAGACUUGAUUUUUGUCUUAUUUAUAUUUUGUUUAUUUUUGAUGCACUUCACUUUUGUUAUACAGCCCAAUUAUGAAACACAUUUUUAGUUAUUGCCUUUACUUUAAAAAAUAGAACUAUCUAAUGUGAACACCUCAGAUGAAGAAGGGGUUAGCUUCCGUUUUCUUCCUCCACAUCACUGAAUGAAAUAAUAGUCGGGGCUUAUAUUUCAAAAAGUGUAACUACUGUGUAGAUGACCUACUCCCCACUAAAUGUAUUCUCAAGAAUGCUGUAUAUUUAAAUUUUGUUUAUUGCUUCAGUACACAUCUAUAUAUUUUUUGUGUUUUUUUUUUUCGCCUUUUCUUAUUUUAUGUGAUACUUUAAUUUUAGUUUUUGUGGCAAAGUGAU